UAUGUUUUGGCCAAGUAGCCAAUCAGGGGACGAGAUUCAAAGGUAGCCGCGCCCCCAACCACAGUCAUUGGAUGGAUUCGAAUAGAAAAAGAAAAUGACGUAGCCAUUAUCCGGCUGUCAAUAGUAGGCAAGUCGACUUUUUCCAUUUUUUACACCCUCUUGUCGGCAAAGUCACCACAAACGACAUCUUCGCCGCUGUGUGUGUAUUGCUAGAGUAGCGAGGAGUGUGAAACACUCCCCUAUCUUUAAAACCCUCAAUAAAUACUUAAAAUACAGAGGUUGGUUGUUCCAAACUGCUUCUGCAUGUUAACAAAAUCUAACUUUUUUCGGUGGUUCUUUUGGUGGAGGUUACCUAGCAACUAGACGGCGCCUGUACACUGCCGGCCGGGCUCCAGACGCUCAGCACGACCGCGUAGGCUACAUUAUUAAUGAUGCUACGGACACUAAACCUGCCCGAGAAGCCAUAUGUCAGGAAAGGGAGACACAGAAAUGCUGCAGCUACAUGCAAGAUGACGUCAGGAUCAAGAGGAAAGCCUGUGGGACGGUUUCACUCAACACCGAUGUCGGAGUGAAGAAGAACCGGAUCAGAACUCGAGUGAAGACAAAGCAUCCAUGGAGGGAGACGCAGAGGAUUCAGAAGAAGAAUGCCGUGUGGAGGGCAGGCCAACUGUGCUUUGGCAGAAGUGCAUUCAGCAGAGCAUCUUUGUUGACCUAAGUGAGGAUGAAAGUCUCCACCUCAGUGAUUUGGAGAGUUCUUUAGCCUCAUGUGUGUCCCAGACAGAGUCUGCUGCCUCCGAGCCAAGCAUUCAUCUCAGUGGGAGCAUGGAGCUGUCGGCCUUAGAUGAUACCUCGUCAGCGUCCAGUAUUGUCAACAGCAGUCAGAGUGACAGGAUGGUAGAGAGCAAGACCAAGAGCAGCAUAUUGCAUGUGUCCGCCCAAAGACCAAACACCAUUCAAGAUGAGACGCCCUUAAAAAACGAGGACUCAGGGCAACAAACGAGUGAUGAGGAUCAGGAGGACCUGCCUUUUGAUGGUGACCUGGGAAGCCCCUACUUCAAUCAAACAGCCAACUCUGAGGGCAAAAUGAGCUCUGAUGGAAUAGAAACGGUUCAUGCUGGUCCUGAUGUCGCUGGUAUGCUUGAAUGUAAGACAAGAGAUAAAGAUGAUAUUGUCAAACGCUUGGUUUCUGUUGAGCGUUAUGCUGAGAAACCAGCGGCCUCGUCACAAGCGGAUGCCAACGCCAACCUUGUUGAUGCUUCCAAGCCAAGGGAGGUUGCCCAAUCGAGUCCUCGUCCUUCAGGCAUUGACCAGUUGUUACUGCGACACUUCUCCCGGGAGGAGCUGCUUCAGCCCUGCAGGCUGAUCGAGGCGGAGACCCUGCCAGAGGUGUCCCUCCUGGAGAGCGUGGACGACACUGUUUUUAGCGGGGCUCCAACACACAUCAGCACAACAAUGAGCGGCCACCUGUCGGGCAGCUCUCCUUGUAAUUCUGAGAUGAAUCAGAGCGUGUGCUCUGACAGGACUGGUGGGAAAAGGACACGUUUAGAGGAAGAAGCAGAAAGGGACAUCCCCGCUGUCCCCUCUGCUGAUUCUGACAGCAUUUCAUCGAGCUCUGCAAGUAUCCAUUCAGAACAGUGCAGCGGGGAUGCAAGUGCUUUGUAUGAAGAGCAGCAGGAAAAGGCCACAGUGGGUGAACAGGAUCUAAAAUUCCCACUUGUGCGCACCAGGUCCUUCAGUGAGAUGAAGUACGGUCAAGGCCAAGUCCAUUACCGGCUACCUGACUUCUCCAAGGUUUCCCCCAAGGUGAAAAUCCCCAAAACACCAAAUGGACCAGCCAGGUCUGUUCCUCAGAGCCCCCGGACCAUGCACAGAGCCCAGUCCUCCCCGGGGGUGCUCGAGGUGAUCAACAGAGUCCUGGAGGAUUCGGUGCAGCCUUCAGUGAAGCCCUAUGUCUUCAAAGACGAGGACAAGCGGUCUCCUCCAGCACUGGUGCAUCACCUGCAGGCUAAAUAUGAUAAAUUACUAACUAAAUAUGCUGAGGCUGAGAAUCGUAUCGAUCAAAUGAGAAUAGGAAACAACGCUCCACCCUCCUCAGAAGCAAUGCCUUAUUUAAAUGGUGAUGAUGAUCAGGAUAACUUAGUAGAGGGAAGCCAUCUUGGAUCCGUGGCGCGUCACCUUCCCCCAUCAGAAAACUUUGGCGAGAAACAGGAAACAGUCCCACAGAUCAACAAUCCGGUGAUGAACACAACACCCUGCUGCCAGCCUGAGGAGGGUCCCAGUGAUGGUGAACGAAUGACCACAGAGCUGAAAGACGUCAUCAGCCAGUUCACGCAGAAGGUGGAAGGAUUUCAAUUAAGUGUGAGCAUUAUGUCGGUGAGCACAGCAGAGCAGCAAGUUAUGUUGAGGAGCAUUUUGGAGGCUCAGGACCAACUGGAAAGAGAGUACAUCAGUAAGAAGGAAGAGCACAGAGCUCUGGAGAUGCAAAGCUACAAGGGCCUGUCCAGGAAAACCGGCAUCUUUGACCCAAACAGGCUGGUGGAGGGAGACAUAUUCAGGAUAGGGAUGCAACUUGAGGACAUAAAGGAGAUGAUUGACAGAAAUGUGUGUGAGCAGAUUUCUCCACCCCAUUCAUCCUCCACUCCCACACCCAUGAAAGAGAUGCUGCAAAUGAAGCCCUAUCCUCUCCGCAUGCCCACACCCUCACCUCCACCAUCCCUGCACGAGGGGCCAAGUGCAGCUUUUUCCAUCGUGGGUAAUAAGAUGGAGGCACAAAAAGAAGCGGAAGUCGAGGAAGCCAUUGAGGUCCAUGUAGAUUCUUUCCUGGAAAGUCACAGCUACUGCCAUUCAAGGAGCUCGCCGGGCUCUCUGGAAGGUGAUGAUCAGAGGAUCUCCGUCUCGUCAGAGUUGACACAUCGAAGCAACAUCUUAGCAAACCUGAGCGGAAGCAACUUAUCCUCAAGAGAGAGGACGCGCGACAGUGUCCUGAACCCGCUUGGUGACUGUGACCCGCGUGAGUGCGUGAGUCUGGCUGUGGAGGUCUCGACUUCAGCUAAUGCACCCAGAGACUCAGAACGCCACGUUCCCUUAGAUCCUCCUCUCAACACCUCAUCUGUUUCACAGAGGAUUAUAAGUCCAGAAACCGACAGUGGCUUUGGGAGCUCCUACUUGAACCAAUCGCCCUCUGGACCGUUUCAACCAAAUCUGCUCACAGAAAGUGGACGGCCCCAGGAUGUUGGUUUAAGUAGCUUAGACAGUGAAGGCUCCUUCUCCAACCUGCAGACAGCCAUCCAGACAGCCUCACUCUCCAGCCAGCGAUGGGCCAGUCCUCACCCGUCUGUCCAAACACAAUCCUGUGGUGUAGCAGCAGCAGCGGCGGUGGAGCGGUGGGUGGAGAGCACCACGAAGGAGCCUUCGAUCGGGCUGCAGGCACCUGAACGCAGCCUGGCCGCCCGGCUCCAUCGCCACGUGUCUGAGCCUGUGCUCAUCACUGCCAUGGAUUCAGAAGAGAGAGGCAGCCCCCCGUACUCCUGCUCAUGUAAUAGUGAGGCCAUCCUAGCUUUGCAGUCAGAGGUAACUCGGCUGAAGAAAGACCUCGAGGAGGGCUUGGUUCAGCUGCCUCACCUAGCACACAAGAUGGACUUUCUCACCUCCAAAUACAGACGGAAUCGUCAGGAGCGCAGGUCUGAAAAGACCCACCACGGACAAGACUACAGCAGUGUGUGGAAGCCAUCACUGAGUAUCACUCAGAAUGUGAGCAGUUGCAGUCAGAUGAGGAUAGAGGACUGGAUCUCCUCCGACAUGGACAAAGGUACAGACAGAAGUGACACAGCUGGCUCUGAGAUCAUGUUGGAGAUCCCUGGUUCAGCUGCAGAGAGCAUUAGAGGCCGUGUGCCCUCCGCGCACGAGUCUCAAUACAAGCUUCACGAGGCGCUGCAGUCAAACCGAGGGUCGGAGGGAAGCGGCUUAUCGGGUGUCACUCGUUCCAUUUUAAAAGGAGGGAAGACUUCUGACAGAUAUGCUCAGCCAAAAACUGCCGUGGACAGUUUUUACUCCAAAGAGAGGUGGUCUCCUUUCACCUCUCCAUCGCUUCAGAAGCCCCUUCUCCAGGUGGCCUAUGGCUCCUCCAGCAGCCUGCCUGCAAGCUAUAAAGUGAAGGAGCCGUCUGCGCGGCCCAUGUCCAGUCACAGAAAGCGCUCCACCCAGUCCGACACGGCGCUCCUCCCCAGCAACGUGUACUUUCAGCGGACGCCGUCUCCGUCAUCACUGCCCUCAAAGACCGGCAGCAGGCCAGGCAGACGCAGAGGGACCACGGAGGUGGAAAUGAACAGGACUCUGGACCGGGCCAUUGAGGUGGCCCGCAGCAUGAAGAGGACCACAGACCAAAUGGCCAGGAGACUGUCAGCUGACCUGGCUGAGGCUCAUUGUCACAGCAGAGUGCACAGCGUGCAUCCGCAAGGGGGCAGGAAACCCCAUUAUAACAAGCAGACUGCAGAUCAGUUUACUCUGUAAUCAGGAUCUGCCAGUCACUGUGAUGCCGGAUGCCUGUGCAGCAUAUUUGUUUGUAGAAUUAUUCUUUAAAAAUCUCUUUAUGUAAAUUGGUUUUGCUUUUUACCUGUCUGUUUAUAAUUAAAGUCUGAAAUCAAGUAUAGGGCAUUUUGAUUUUUUUUUUAAUGAAUAAUGAAAGAAAAAUAAAAGCAUGUUGAUGUACAGCAAUUCUGAGUAUCUUAAAAAGGAAAAAAUUCAUGCUUAAUGAAAUCAUCUCACCGCAUGUACCUUAUAUCCAUUAAUAUGAAUUUACUGUUUUUGUCAGGAGGGACACUUUGAAACAGUUGUGACGUCGACUGACCUUAGUGGGCAACAUCAGUCCCAGUACAAGCGUUGACUCAGCCAAUAAA